AUGAAAAAAACCAUUGGGUUUCAUGUCCCUUAAAGUUACAGAUUAAAGGGAAGUGAAACCCAAACAUUUUCUUUCAUGAUUCAGAUAGAUUGUACAUUUUUAAACAACUUUCCAAUUUACUUCUCUAAUCAAUUUUGCUUUAAUUGCUUGGUAUCUUUUAUUGAAGAAGCAGCAAUGCACUCCUGGGAGAAAGCUGAACACAUUUAUAAGCCAAUUAAAAUGGGCAUGCAAGUUCAUCCACCAAUCAGCAGCUAGCUACAAGCUCCUGUGCCUAUCUAGAUAUGCUUUUCAACAAAUCAUUUCAAAGGAAUAAAGCAAAUUAGAAAAUAGAAGUAAAUUGUAAAGUUGUUUAAAAUUGUAUGCUCUGGGUUCCGGGGGAGGAGACUGAAUGCAGGACAGGCUCUGAGCAAGCUCUCUCUAGAGACUCCCACAACAGCCAUUUGGCGGUAAUUCGCGCUGAAACCCUUGUCCUGGGAGGCUAUUAUCUGGAAGAAAACUGGAUACCGGUUCCAUAUUGGUGCAGGUACAUCGCACCAUAUUGCUUUGGCCCUUAUAGCCUGUACUGAGCUGGGCAUCUCUUAAACAUUACGGAGAAAUUGAAGUCUAUCGGCUUACCCCUACCCCUCCCACCGAUGCUGCGUGAGGUGGUAGAGGGGACGCUGUUACAGAAGGCUGAUCUUUUUAAACUAAGAGGAGCGCGGACACGGAGCGCACAGCCACCUGGACAUAAUUCUAAGGUGACUGACGGUGUCAGACCGUAAAGAUUGCGGAUACAGAGUGCACAGCCAUUUGAAUACAUUCCUCAGGCUACGUAACGGCUUAAACACAGCCUCCUAUAAUUUUUAAGCUCUAAUGGAUUCGCUUGCUCCCUAAACCGAAGUAAUACCGCUUGAAUUUGGCUAUCAGUCCCCACCCCUCCCACCGGUGCUGCGUGAAGGAGUGGAGGAGACCCUGACCUUACAGGGGAGGCUACCACUUAGUUCUGGAGAAGGAACAGCCAGCGCACCACAUUUUUCUAUACACCGGUGCUGCUGGUGAAAGUGCGGCUGAUAUCCUAGCUAGAGCUGGAGAGGAAAACAAAUACAAACAACAAUCCAGCUUAGGAAGAAAAGGAGCAGGAAAUUGGAUGCCUGGUUAUAACUAUUGCACAGAGCUGCGUGGUAAAAGGUACACUUUACUUUAAUGGAAUAGUGUCUCAAAAGUUGGGAAAAAGCAACCAUACAAAGAAGCUAUUGUGAAAUAUAAUUAUUUUUCCACGGGGAACUAACCUCAAAAGUCUUACAAAAAAGUGUUUGCACAACAUUAGCGUGAAGUAUACAUAAGCCACCUUUUAAAGUGAGAGACAUUCCAAGAUUAAAUCUUUCACAAACACCAGGAAAAAGGCAGCAGAAAAAGAGGAAAUUACACGCUGCACACUAACUGCAUGUGCUAAUAACUUUGUCCAAAUGCUUUGAACUGCUUGCUUAUCCCUCUCUUGCUUAUUUUUUUGCUUUGAUUACUUUUCAAUUCUUUUGGCAUAAAGAUAAAGGAAAGAAAGCUACAAAAAUAUAUGUAUAUGUUUUUUUCAUGUUUAUUAAUGAUAUAAAUUAACCCUUGGCCUCCUACUAUGCAAAGUUCUGUAAAUAUAAGUAUCUCAGGUCUCAGGGAAGGUAUUGCAUAAAGUUUAAACUGCUAAAUAAUACCCUAAUUGUAUAAGCCAUAAGAAACACUGGCAAGUUGAUUACAAAGUAUAAACAGACACAUAGUAACUCAAUGUUAAGGGGAAUAAGAAACAUUGUGUUAUCUUGGUUAGUUGCAAACUGCAUGUGUUACUAAUCUUUCUAAAUGUUAAUCAUCUGCUGUGAUUUUCCUCUCCUGUUUUCUAUGCUUAUUAACACUGACAAACAGUUUAUGGCUUGUUAACUAUUGCCUGAAAAACAAAAUUUGUUGGUCCUAGGAGGAUUAAUAUAAAAGAGGGAAGCGAGAAGGAAAGGAAGGGAAAAAGAAGAAGAAGAAAAAAGAGAUAUAUAAAAAGGUGUUUAGUGUUUAAAAGGUGCAGAGAAAAUUAAACACUGUGCUUUGUAGGUAAAAUAACACUUUUUGCUAAAAAUGCCUAAUUAUUAUCCUUGCCUUAAUAGAUGCAAAUAUUAAUCAUUUGUUAUAACACUGAUAUCAGUUUUGUCUUUUGGGUAGCUGAGGUUCAUUCGUGUUCCCUCUUGCAGGAAAUAGGAAAACUGCUGUUUGGCAUCUACACAUGGUUUUGUCAUUCUUUUAUGGUUGUUUCAGCAAGAUGACCAGAUUUUCCCUGUGGUUCCUACUGCUCUCAGUGAUUAGCAUUGGACAUGGCUUCCCCAUAUGGAAGGACCGAGAUGUGCUGAUAAGGAGAGAGGAUAUUAACAGGUCAGGUGGCAACAUAGUGCUGGAACAGAUAGAGAGAUAUGCCAACAAUAGGCUUAUGGAUCUGAAGGAGGUUGAGUACAAUGAGUCAAGACGAACAGGAAUUUUCCCUCCCAGCAUGCACUUCUUCAGAGCUCGGGAACUCAUACAGCAAAGUAAAGUGUUCAACAUACUCAAGAAGAUGCCCAAAGGGGGAGCUCUUCAUUUACAUGAUUUUGCAAUCCUAAGUGUUGAUUGGCUGGUGAAGAAUGCCACCUACCUGCCACAUUGCUACAUCUGCUUUACAAACCAAAGUGGCGUGCUCUUUCUGUUCUCUAAGCCUGCUCCAGUGGGACCUGCCCCUGCUGGAUGCCCUCAGUGGGUGCUCUUAGAUACUUACAGGAAACAGGUGGGAAAUGUAACAGAAUUUGACAACAGUUUAAUACGUAACUUGACGCUGCUGACAGAUGAGCCAGAACAGACUUUUCGAACGCAGGAAGCAAUCUGGCACAGGUUUGAAGGGGCUUUUGUUGCUGCUGCUGGACUAAUCUGCUAUACUCCUGUUUUCAAGUCAUAUUUCUAUGAAGGUCUGCGGGAGCUGUACCAGGAUAACAUCCAGUUUGUAGAGAUGCGAGCUAUGCUGCCCCCGGUGUAUGAGCUGGAUGGGACGACUCAUGACAAGGCUUGGUCAGUGGAAACUUACAGGGAUGUGGCCAAUAAGUUUAUGGAAGAUUUCCCAGAUUUUUUAGGAGUGAAAAUUAUAUUCACUGUGCACAGACAUGAAGAUGUUUCCUUUGUAAAGCAGGCCGUGAUGACAGCCAUGCAGCUAAUGAGAGAAUUUCCGGAUAUCAUGGCAGGCUUUGAUUUGGUUGGUCAAGAAGAUGCAGGAAACUCCCUAUACCAACUAAAGGAUGCGCUUAACAUUCCCAGCACAUUGGGGACCAAGCUGCCAUACUUUUUUCAUGCUGGAGAGACCAGCUGGCAGGGUAUAGAUGUGGAUCAAAAUGUAAUGGAUGCUCUGCUCCUGAAUACCUCACGGAUAGGUCAUGGAUAUGCCCUACUAAAGCAUCCUGUGGCCCGGGAAUUGUCCUUAAAAAUGGAUGUCCCUUUAGAGAUCUGUCCUGUGUCCAACCAGGUUUUGUUGCUUGUGUCUGACCUCCGGAAUCACCCUGCAGCUGCCCUGCUAGCUGAUGGGCAUCCCAUGGUAGUCAGCUCGGAUGACCCAUCUAUUUUUGGAGCUCAAGGAGUGUCUUAUGACUUUUAUGAGGUAUUCAUGGGAAUUGGAGGAAUAAAGGCUGAUUUGAGGACUUUAAAACAGCUGGUACUGAAUUCUAUCAGUUACAGUGCUUUUUGUCCAGACGGGAAAGCCAAAGCCAUUACAAUCUGGCAGAAGAAAUGGGACAAGUUCAUAGAAGACUUAGCCAAUGAGACGGAGCCAUAGGUGAUGAAGAUUGGAAACUGCUCGCACAGGGCCCUUAUUCCCUAUAAUAUGAAGCUGUUGGAGGGCACUAAAUGGUCACAUCAAGUUUAACAGCUUCACAUAAUAGUGAAUAAGGGCCAGCAAGAGACAGACUGAAACUUUGUAAAUGAAUGGGAAAAGUGUGCAUGUUUUAGGAGUGAAAGGGAAAUGUGGCCAUAAAAAGAUAGGAUUGAAAAGCAAAAAAAAAGGAGGGGUAAACAGAAGGAACAAAAUUACAGCAGGCAAAAAAGAGAAGGGAAAGAGAGGAGGAGAAAUAGAUAUAGUGAAGGAAGUGCUGAGUAUGCUGUAAAUAGAGAAGGCAUUGCGCAGACAAAAAAACAGGAAGGAAUAAUGGAACAAUACAAAUAUAGUUUCAGAUGCAAUGAGCUAAAGCGAUUUAGUAUAGAACUUAAAGGGAUCCUAAACCCAAUUUUUUUUCUUUCAUAAUUCAGAUAGAGCAUGCAAUUUUAAGCAACUUUCUAAUUUACUCCUGUUAUCAAUUUUUCUUUGUUCUUUUGCUAUCUUUAUUUAAAAAGCAGGAAUGUGAUGCAUAGGAGCCGGCCCAUUUUUGGUUGAGAACCUGAGUUAUGCUUGCUUAUUGGUGGGUAAAUGUAGGCCUCCAAUAAGCAAGCGCUAUCCAUGGAGCUGAACCUAAAAUGGACUGGCUGCUAGGAUUUACAUUCCUGCUUUUAAAAUAAA